AUGGCAACAUACCAGUAUCUGUUGGUGUACCUGUACCUGUUGGUGUUCCUGUUGGUGUACCUGUACCUGUUGGUGUACCUUUACCUGUUGGUGUUCCUGUUGGUGUACCUGUACCUGUUGGUGUUCCUGUUGGUGUACCUGUACCUGUUGGUGUUCCUGUUGGUGUACCUGUACCUGUUGGUGUUCCUGUUGGUGUACCUGUACCUGUUGGUGUUCCUGUUGGUGUACCUGUACCUGUUGGUGUACCUUUACCUGUUGGUGUUCCUGUUGGUGUACCUGUACCUGUUGGUGUUCCUGUUGGUGUACCUGUACCUGUUGGUGUUCCUGUUGGUGUACCUGUACCUGUUGGUGUACCUGUACCUGCUGGUGUACCUGUUGGUGAACCUGUUCCUGUUGGUGUUCCUGUUGUCUCUUUUUUAA